AUGUCAGAAAUCAGCAAAGAUGAAAGUACGGGUGGAUUACAUAGGGUGCUAGGUGGUGUCUAUCACUGGAUGAGAGGAGAUCAGAAUAGCAGUAAGCGCGACGACUUUGAGAACAAGACAACAUGGAGAGAUCCUUGGGAAAUAGAUGAAUUGAAUGAUUUGGACGAUGUUAAUGACGGAGAAAUUGGAGAUACUAUUAGUUUAAUUAAACGAACGGAAAAUAGGUGGAUCAACGAGGAUGAUACCAGGGAUCUAUUGAACGUUGAUUACAUGCCCAAGAGCUAUGAGAGCGUCAAUAAUGACGAUAUAGAUGAAGAAUUGGAUCAACUAAUAAGGCGUUUGGAAAAUAACAACGAAACCUUGUUGAAAAUGCUUGAGAACUUUGAUAGUGCCACAUUUAAAGCGGAUUACAAGAAUGUUAAGGUGGAGAAUCAAAAACUUUCAAAGAAAUACUACAGGCUUCGUAAGGAGUACAAACGAGAAAUUGAAGAGACCAGAAAGAUUCAUCAGCGAUAUUGUGAAUUGGUGAAAAAAUACAAGGGAAUCACCAAAGAACAGUCAAGCAACGAAGAUAUUCAGAGGAAUCUAAAGCGAAAGGACUCUCGAAUAGCAGAAUUAGAGAAGCAAGAAACACAGAGUGCUAAACAGGUGAGUCAAUUACAAGAAGCUCAUGAUAAGUUUAUCAAAGAAAGAGUGAAAAAUGGUCGGGAAAAUCAGGAUUCGGUUCUUCAUUACAAGAAUCAGUACGAGGAGAUGCAUCUAAGCUAUCUUGCCAAGUCGAAAGAGGAGAAGGCAUUGAGAGCAAGGAUCGAGGAGCUCGAAGAAGAGUUGGAUAAGGCCUCAAAGAGUCAGCAGAGAAAUUCAGUGCCAGUCAUUCCUCUACGAUCCACUCAAAUCAGUGAAGAUACUAGAUACUCUUCUGGUAUGCCUCGAUUAGACGCUGAUACCAUGAACACUAUGGAGUUACUCAGAAGGAAGUUUGCGGACAAAACAUACGAGGGAGAGAACAUCACAGUGAACACUCAUAUUAGCAGGCCACGCAUUGAGUUAUAA